GUUCAAACACCCAGAUUCCCGAGGUCGUAGGGCUUACGCUGACUCACGACGGCAAAAAGACAGGCAGUGUUUCCAUGGAGGUGGGCUAUACAAGCUUCUCCGAUCCUCGCGAGAGCCUCCCUGCCCUCCCCACCCACCCCAGCUUCGAGCCUCUCCCCAUCCUCCAGAAGCUUAUUGACGCCCCGCUUCCCAAGUCCGCAACAGUACCCCAGGCAGGCUCAAAAGCUGUAGACGAAGCAGCAGCCUAUGGGCUCACACUCACGGACCAACAGGCAGUUGAAACUCUUUUUUCCAGUGGUGCCGAUGCCGUGAAGCUCGCCGCCUGGGAGAACCUUUCGCGGGCAGCUGCGGGCGAGCAGCAGGAAUUCUUCAAGUCGGCGUUUGAGUGCGUGUGUUUUCUGAGCGGUGACAGGACGGACACUCAGGUGUUCGUGUGGAGGGACAAGGACCCGCUGAGGAAGAGGCUAGUGGUGGCGUUCCGAGGCACAGAGUUUGAUCUCCAGAAGUUUAAGAUUUCGUGGAUGGAUGUUCUGACCGACUUUAGGCUUUGGGAGAACCCGUUCGACUCAGAUCUAACGGAAGAGGACAACAAGGCAGGUGUUAAGGUGCACCGUGGCUUUCUGAACAGCUACAAGUCCGUGACGCCGCGCCUCAUUCCGCUGCUCAAAGCAAUCCUCUCCUCCUCCAACGAAAAGUAUCACAUCAUGGUCACGGGGCACAGCCUGGGGGCCGCUCUCUCCACGAUCUUCACAUAUGACCUGGCCCAGUCCGACUUCAAGAAGCAGCACGGAUUCACCCUCUCUCUCUACAACUUCGGCUCUCCUCGUGUGGGCAACCAUGCCUUUGCUGCUCGCUUCAACCAGCUUGUGGGUGACAGCUGGCGCAUCGCCAAUGACCAUGAUAUAGUGCCGCGUGUCCCCUACGUGUUCUACAAGCACGUGGCCACUGGGGUGGUGCUUCGACCCGACUCGCAGAAGUUGGAAAAGGAUGCCCUCCUUAAGAAACGACUCGAUACCAUCACAACAGUUAGCUUCCUGAGCGAGCAGCCAAAGCUGCUGUUCGACGGUGCCGGCGCCAGCAAGCACUCGCAGCCCGCAUACUUCCUCUCGCUGCUCAAG